AUGGCGGAUGAAAUGACUUUAACUGAAAAUGGGACGCCAAGUCCAGUCACACAAGAAUUGGACGACCUAUCAAAUAUCUCCGACCCAGUAUCAAUCAAACGCCAAAGUUCGUUUGUAUGCAUAUCUCCACAAGACAUCAAGAUCUCGCCACUUCUCUGCAAAUAUCUUGACUACGAACGAAGAAAUUAUGAGUCGACAUCAUUUUUACCGCCCCACGAAAAGGAAGAUGUGGAUAUACUCGAAGGCCAACUGGAAUAG